GCAGUAUUUACACACUGAAACACACUUCCACAGCUGUCAGAUCGACUGUGCCCCUGCCGCUGAGUCAGGGCGCGAUGAUUUACCUCAAAUGUCCCGACAGCGUGACAUUUAGGAGAUUUAUCGCGAUUCGGAGUGAAGAAUCUGAUGUGUAACUUCCUGUGAGAGGAUGCGUGAGCGAGACAUGGCCGGUAGCGUCCGGCACUGGACCCCGAAGCACGUGGGCCGCUGGCUGCGUGAAGAGGGCUUCUGCGAUUACGUGGACCUGCUGUGCAACAAACACCGUCUGGACGGAACCAGCCUGCUGACGCUGAGCGAGUACGACCUGCGCUCUCCUCCACUGGAGCUCAAGGUCCUGGGAGACAUUAAACGGCUGAUGGUUUCUCUCAGGAAGCUGCAGAAGCAGAACGCAGAUGUGUUAGAGGAGCUCGGCCUGUCCUACGACGGACACUCGCCUCAGAACAGCGCAGGUGGAGUGGACUGGCUGUGUAACGGUGACUCUGCGCGGGAUUGCGAUGCCGUGUUGGACACUUUGAGCGGCGAUCAGUAUCAUCAGUACAACAACGGCAAAUACAAGCAGCAGCCGCGGAGACUGGACCCUGAGUACUGGAAGACCAUCAUCAGCUCCGUCUACGUGGUCUUCGUCUUCGGCUUCACGUCCUUCGUCAUGGUGAUCGUCCACGAGCGAGUGCCAGACAUGAGAACGUACCCGCCGCUGCCUGACAUCUUCCUAGACAGUGUACCCAGAAUCCCCUGGGCGUUUGCGAUGGCUGAGGCCUGUGGCGUGAUCCUCUGUUCUGUUUGGCUGCUAGUUCUGCUGCUUCAUAAACACAGAUCGAUCCUGUUGAGGCGGUUGUGUAGUCUCAUGGGGACGGUCUUCAUGCUGCGCUGCAUCACUAUGUUUGUGACAUCUCUCUCUGUCCCGGGUCAACACCUGCAGUGCACUGGGAAGAUAUACGGUGACAUGUGGGCGAAGCUGCAGCGUGCCGUGGCCAUAUGGAGCGGUUUUGGCAUGACGCUGACCGGAGUGCAGACGUGUGGAGACUACAUGUUCAGCGGACACACGGUCGUCCUCACCAUGCUCAACUUCUUUGUCACUGAGUACACGCCGCGCAGCUGGAACUUCAUCCACACGCUCUCCUGGGUCCUCAACCUGUUUGGCAUCUUCUUCAUCCUGGCAGCACACGAGCACUACUCCAUCGACGUCUUCAUCGCCUUCUACAUCACCACCAGACUCUUCCUGUACUACCACACGCUGGCCAACACUCGCGCCUACCAGCAGAGCCGCCGCGCUCGCAUAUGGUUCCCCAUGUUCUCCUUCUUCGAGUGCAACGUUAACGGACCUGUUCCAAACGAGUACUGCUGGCCGUUCGCUCGGCCCACCGUCCUCAGACGCCUCAUUGGCUGAUUCCCAACGGACGCUGCUGAUUCUUCAGAUGCCAUGAUAUAGAGGAGGCCAAAACCUCUCGGUCAACACACACACACACACACACACAUACAGGUUUCCUCCAGUAGCUGUUGUCUUUAAAGGGAUUUCUGUGCCCCAUGCUGGCUUAUUUUAUUUCAUGUCGGAAACUAAAACUACUAAACUGGAACUAUGAAAGUCUUGCUUUUCCCGUUGACUGGGAAACCUCUUAAAAUGGUUUGCAUCACAGUCAGUAUUCUUUUCACCUAGUUUCAUAAUAAUAAUCCUGUAGAUACUUGACGUUUUAAAUUCCUUGUUUCUCCCAAAGGCAGUUCAGAUUAUUAGUGUUGUAAAGAUACUGACAUGAUCAACCUUUGAAGCAAUAUGAAACCUCUUACUGUUCUUUUAAAAGGUUUUGUGUGAAACCGUAUGGUUUUAAUUGAAUUAUGAUUGUUGCAUUUUGGUCUUAUUGCCAUUAUUGUUGCUAUUUUCAUAGUGCGGACUUUAUUUUGGCAGUAUUAGUGUCUAUAUGGGAUGACAACAUGAAAAUACUGUGUUUAAGACUUAAAAUUGUCCCCUGUAUUUCAGUGAAUCUCACAAAAUGUCAUUUCACAGAUAUAUAUAUAAAACAAAAAAUAAUAAACAUGUUUGUCAUGAAGCAACUUAACAAUCCAAAAACUACUAUUUUUUUAUUUAAUAUAAAAUUUAAUACAAAUUAAAUUAAUAUUUAUUUUUGGAUUAUGAUGUUCUCCUGACAAACUCGUAUUCCUUUAUUAUUAAUAUUAUUACUAUUAUUAUUAUUAUUAUUUUGUAAUUUAUAGUGUUAAAUAAACAACAACAGCAUAUAUUUACAACAAAAAAUAAUAAUAAAUGUGUUUGUCAUGAAUGAAAUCAUGAAACAGUAGCAUAAUGCAAAAUGAAAUUAAUAUUAUUACACACACACACACGCAUAUAUAUAUAUAUAUAUAUAUAUAUAUAUAUAUAUAUAUAUAUAUUUUUUUUUUUUUUUUUUUUUUAUUAAAACUAAAACAAUUGACUUUUAAAUAUUUUACAAUUUUAAAAUUUCGUAUUUUUUUUUUUUAUAAGAAGUUUUGAUUGAAGUAUGACCCUGACAGCUUUUGUGAGAUUCACGCUAUUUGUCUAUUGUACGGUUUUCCCAUUUUUAAUGUAUAUUGAAAAGCAAAUCUCGCCAAACUUUGGAAUGAAGAUGAGGCGUUUUUUAGCAGCAUCAUUCCAGUUGCCAAUGACCUUUGAUAUGUGACGUUGUCUUUAUACGAACAUUUGAUUUUCAUCGAUGUCCAGAUUUAUUUCAGAUUUAUUGUAUAUGAUGGUCAUGAGGGUAUUAUAGUAGUUACUUCUUGAACGUUUACAAAAAAAGUAUGUAAGUGAUGUUAAAACACGAGGAGAAUCUGGCCGUGCUUGUCUUAUUUCUGGUGUUUAAAUGGAGUAAAGGGUGUUUUUGUGAUAAUCAGGGCUAGGUUUUCUGUGUUAGGUCAUUAGGAUUUUAAUUGAGUGUAUUUAUAGAUCUCUUUGAGCACAGAGAAUUGACUGACCUCAUGCGUGUUUGAUGGAGAUGUACAGAAUCAUAAGGAAUUGAGAUAUUGUGUAUUAUUAUAAUGUUCAUCGCUCAGAACUCCUCUGAACAUUUCCAUCUUGUAUGCAGUAUGUUAUACUGAAUCUGAAAGCAAGAGCAAACAAACUACAAAAUAUAUUUUAAAGGGUAGCUUGGGAAUGAAGACACUAGUUUUCAUCUUCUGCUUCGCCAAAUAAUUGAUGCAUUUCAUUUGCAGAUGGUUUUUAGACACUCCAUGCGCUUCGUGACACGAUCUAACAGCAGUAGAGUUUAAUACCUUCUCGGCAUCUGUAUAAUUUCAUAAUUUAAUGUUCAUUGAGCUUGAAAAUGCCAUUCAGCCUCUUAUGGACUUUUGUUAAGCCUGGAAAUGUAUUUUUGCAGAUUUGAGUGAAUAUUGUGUUUGAUUGGAUACUGAUGGGAUUGUGGAUGCUCUGGAUUCGUUUGGAUGCUCAUCAUUUAUCUGCCAUCAUCAAUAAAAUUGACAGAUUAAACUGAAA